CUAUAUAAGCAUGAUAUAAGCUGUAGUCGUAGCUUUUCGUGAAAAAUAUUACGAAUUUGUUCAAAUUAUUGAACUAAACUUAAUAAAAGGCAAUAUCCUACCCUCUAUUUUUAAAUACAUAACUGUAUUCGCUCUCUGUCAUUAAAAAAUACAACUCAUAACCUUACCUUGGCAUUAGUUUUCCUUUUCCUUGAGUAGAGGCUCUAAUUACUUCGUUGAACAUGAAGUCUGUGGCUGCUGCAGCGCGCUCACUCAGGAAGCGUCCGUUCAGGGUGUCCAUUGAAGGGAACAUCGGCUCGGGAAAGUCUACAUGCAUCAAGUUCUUUGACAAAUUCGACAAUGUUGAAACUCAUGCGGAGCCUCUCCACGAAUGGCGUGACGUCAGCGGCCACAACCUAUUGGGUCUGAUGUACUCUGACAUGCACAAGUGGACGUUUGCGUUCCAGCACUACGUACAUCUGAGCCGACUCAAGAUACAGAUCAGUCCGCCGGCUCACCCGGGCAUCACUGUUAAAAUGUUUGAGAGGUCAGUUCAGAACAGCAGGUACUGUUUUGUCCACAAUGCCAAGAAGCAGAACUUUCUAGAAGAUGCCGAGUACCAAGUCUUGUCCACUUGGUUUGACUACUCCGAGAAGAAUCUUGACAUAGACUUGGAUCUAAUAGUAUACUUGAAAACCACUCCCCAAGUGGUGUGGGACAGAAUGGCCAAGAGAGGGAGAGCCGAAGAAUCUGAAGUUCCUCUAGAAUACUUGCAACAAGUACAUGACUCCUAUGAAAACUGGUUAUCAGCUCCAAAUGUCGGGUGUGAAGUGCUGACUAUAGAUGCUGACAGAAACUUGGACUGUGUCAAAGAUGACUUGCAAAGAUACACUUAUAAAAUUUUAGGAGGUAAUCACACUAAUUGAAUAUCAAGUGGAUCUUUGUUAAUGGCUAAAGAUGCUAGGAAACUUCUCUUAACUUAUAUACCAGAAAACAUAGGAUUUUCUCCACUAUUCUUUCCAUAGGCUGUGGUGUCAAAGGGAAAUUGUAGGGUAUUUAGUUAUUUACUAGGUAGCUAUUAAAUUUUACUAUUGAAUUUACAUCAUGACAGUUUAUUAUGUUGCCAGAAUACCUUCAUCGUAAUUUAUCUACUGCAGGCCAAUCUGCGGGUCAAAAUUGCAUCGCAAAAACAUCCCUCCUACUUGCAGGUGUUCAGUAGAUCUAUAAUUGUCAAUGCACAGUUUUGUAUGGAGGAUUCUAGAAGAAACUCAUCUACCAUAAUUAUGUAAUUGGAAAUAAGUUUAAUCAGCUGUGCCUUUUGUAAGCUAACUUUAUUCCUAAAAGUAGAUUUAAAAUGUAUUUUUAGCUGUAAAUGAAUGAAUAUACCUCAUAUUAGACAAAGUUAAAUCGCUAAUG